GCAUUUAGUCAUACUCAAGUGCUCCAUGAGAGAAGAUGCAUUCAAAUUACUCCAUACUUGUACUUUUCUUAGUUACUCAUUUCUCCACUGGAGUUCCGUUUAUUCAUCGGGUCAAACGUCAGCAGUUCAGAGCACUACCAUCAUGUACCGUAUCGCACCAAGAAGUGGAGGAACUGAUCCGGAUCACCACAAACCUGAACACGGCACUGUUAGAAAGUGUCAAAGUGGAUAUUCGUUCAGGAUUCGACGAGGAGGCGGCUAACCGUGAUCGGUGUUCCAAACAAUUGGGACAGUUCAGAGACACUGUGACGAAUAUCCUCGAAAGCUAUAAAUCUAUCGACCGGAACAAAAUGAGUCAAGGCCAGUACGACCUUGCAAAGGCCCGCUACCAGGGUGAUAUUCAACGUUUGCUGCGAAGGGUGGAUAACUUGAAGCGGGAUGUCGAGGAGAAGUACAAAGGUGAAGUGGAAAGACUACGCACCAACAUGCAAGGCUUCAAGUCCCAAGUGGACGACUAUCUGGCCCAGCUGGAAGAGGAACGCGCCAAGAUACGGUCGUGUUCGGUGCGGCUGGUUAUCGCAAACGUACGAGCUAGAAGAAUCAAGGAUGCUGUGAACGAGUUUGUGACUCUGGGUGACCGUGCAUACGAUCCAAUUGUGACGGAUGUUUUUGAAGACGAACCGCAAAAUGCGGAGCUGGUGUUGGACUUUUUGGAAGCAGUUGAUCUCAAUUACGAACCAAUUGUCGGAUAUGAAGUUCUUUAUCCACUGAUAAAGAAAAAUAAUCAGCUUGGAGGUACUAGUGGGCGAAGAUUUUUGUUACAUUUGAUGGCUAUGACGAAAGCGGAUGAUGAAAAUACGCGGCGUGCGCAACAAUUGUUGAGGAAAUUCAAAAGUGAGGUGCAAUGAGUAAAAAGGAUAUCUAUAAAGUAAAUGAUAUGUAGUUCUUCAAAUCUACACCAACACGUGAAAUAUGUGCUAGAAUAAUUCAGUUCACGAAGGAUGUUUCACCCACAAUACAUCUUGGUACAUAUAGAAUGUAUGAAUACAUUAAAAUUAAAUUUAAUUAAAAAAAUGUAAAAAAGAAAAUACAUAUACCUAGUUAAGACCACAUUUACGAAACUUGUUUUAUUGGAUGUUGUGGAAAUCAUCAACCAGGACAAUCUAGACAACUAUUAUUUAACAGAGUGUAAUAAGUUCUGAACGUCAUGUCAAAUAUAUUUGAAAGCUAAAGUAGUAAAUUCAAAAUACAA